UCUUUCGGCGGACUUGCUGCCGACAUCCAAUCCCACUAAUUUUCCAGAGCUGAGGCACGAUGGAGUUGCUGGCGGCAGGCGCUGCUGGAGCUGGCGUCCUCAGCUACAAUCGGAAGAACUUCAUGUUUGACAAGGAGCAGUUUAGAGAAAAGGCCUACUUCAGCCAGGAGAUGAAAAUCCGGAAGCACGAAUUGUACCGAGAGGACAUUCGGGACUUAACCGACCUCACAGUGUCCAAAAUGGACGUGUACAUGGUCAUCAACGUUCUGCAGCUUUUGUUCUGUGUCUUACUUUUCACGGAGGGCAUGCCGCAGCCUGGCUUAACUCCACUUUGGCUGCAUUGGAUUCUCGCAGCCACAAGUGGAUCUGGUGUGUUGUACUUUGUACUGAGCCUCUGGCUUGCCAUGCAUGCCUCAAUCGCAGCACAUUCCUUUGGAGUGCGGCUGCUGACGCAGUUCGUACGUCUUCCUGUACCAAAUUUGCAGCAAAUUGACAGUGCUGCAGCCAAAGCCAAGGACUAUGAGGCUUUGAGUCUCGGUCAAAUCUUGCGCAUCCCUGUGCUGCAGCAGCAACUCAGGAAGCUCACAGCUGCGAUGGGUGACCUUACGACUGAAGAAGUCGAAGAUACCACUGGCAUGCAGGAUAACUUCUUGCCAGAGGUUUCUGCAGUGUCAGUGGAGGAAACUGCCAGUUUAAAGCACAUUCAACUGUACAGAGAGCUGCAAGCAAACUGGCAGGCAUACGAUGCAUACAGCCGCGUGAGUAUGGCAAUGGGCACAAACCAACUGCUCCAAUCAAUCAAUGCAUAUUGCUUGGGUGUUCUCCUCUCAGAGACACAGACGGGUUGGGCGGCUGCUUGCUGCAUGGCGGUGAUCAGCAGUGUCGCGUGGCUCAUUGUGAGGCACGACAGAUCCAAGUGUGGUGACUGUCCCAGAGUCCAAAUGCCUCAAACCCUCUUUUAG